UGGGGCUCGCUCAUGUACAUAGCGAGAAGCAGGUAACCUUGAGCAUUACUUGGAGACUCGCAGCGACAGGAAAGUAACCCAAGAUGAAUGCCUUAGUCGGGAUCUCGUUGCUGUUGCUGUUGGCAACGUCUUCGUCUGCAGCAGACCUGAGGAGUCAUCCAGCAGGAGCCAACCUCACCACGACUGAGCUGAUAGAAGCUAUGGGCUACACAGCUGAGAUCCACCACGUGACCACAGAGGACGGCUACAUCCUAGAGCUGCACCGCAUCCCGUACGGUAUCAGCGGCAGUGAUGGGGGAGUGCGACCUGUUGCUUACCUGCAGCACUGCCUGCUCUGUUCCUCCUCCGACUGGAUCAUGAACGACCCUGACAAAGCUCUUGCGUAUAUUUUGGCUGACGCCGGGUAUGACGUGUGGAUGGGCAACUACCGCGGCAACACCUACUCUCGCAACCACACCACCCUCGACCCCGACGAAGAUCUCUCAUUCUGGUCCUUUUCAUGGGACGAAAUGGGAAUAAUUGAUCUACCGGCUAUGAUUGACUACGUCUUGGAGUUCACCGGACAACCUGACCUCUACUACGUCGGCUUCAGCAUGGGCACCACAACCUACUACGCCAUGCUCAGUGAGAAGCCUGAAUACAACAGCAAGCUGCGUGUUGGCAUCAACCUCGGGCCGGCCGCCUACAUGGAACACAUGAAGGGACCACUCACGCUCAUCGCUCCUUACUCCGAUGACUUCGACACUCUGAUGACACUGCUUGGCAAAGGUGAAUUUCUGCCAAGUCGGGACGUGACGGACGAGUGGGUCGAGAAGUAUUGUGACGACGAAAUGAUCUCGGCAGAGAUCUGCUACAACGUCCUCUUCCUCAUCGCAGGGCCUGACUCUGAGCUUCUUAAUGAGGAAUAUCUUCCCGUGAUCCUGGCCCAUACUCCUGCCGGCACCUCCGUACACACCGUCAACCACUACGCUCAGCUCUACGUCUCCACGAACUUUACUAAGUACGACUACGGGGCACUUGGCAACCAGAACCACUACGGCCAGACAACCCCGCCCGCCUUCAACCUCGACAACGUGGUUACCCCAACGGCGCUCUUCUGGGGCGCCAACGACUGGCUCGCUACUCCAGAGGAUGUGGCACGGCUGGCAACCGAGCUCCCGAACGUCAUCCUUAACUACAGAGUUCCCUUCGAUAUGUUCAAUCACCUCGACUUCGUCUGGGCCAUCAACGCCGACGAGUUGGUCUACAAUGAAGUCCUGAACGUUCUGUCGCAGUACUGAAGCUUCCAAUGUGGAACUUUUCCUCAAGCCAUCGGGGUAAACACUUUUCUUCAAUAAAUAAAUAAAUAAAGAACA